UUUCUGCCUCUGCGUCCGGAUGAGUUUGGUUGAGUUCGUGAGCGACUGCCCUGCCUUCCUUCUCUUUGACUCCAGCAGCUUGGUAUUCAGCGUAUCCUCUCUUCACGUCGAGCUACCUUCGCGUGUGAUCCGUGGAGAGAGCACCUGUCUGCCCUCUGGAGUCCUGCACCGUUCCUCUUCGUUUCCGGUUCCUGUGUCCUGUACGGCGUUCCAGCCCUUCGUUGCGCGUGCGUGCAGUACACACAGCUUCACUAGUUUUUUCUUCUGACUUCAUCAUGAAGAGGACAUCGACUGGUGUUCCCGUGGCCGAGCCCUCGACUUCGGGAGCCCGCCAGCCCGCCUCCGGAGCCCUCCAGCCCUCAACAUCGGGGCCAGCACAGGUAUGUGCACCGUCAUCAGGGAAUGGGUGUGCCUACUGUGGCAAAUUGUUUUCUGCUAGCCGUAAUGCCAGACGGCACGAGAAAGUGUGUGCGGAAAAUCCUGGCCGCACUGUUAUAAAUCAGUGCCAUACUUGCGGCAUGUCGUUUUCACGAAUGGAUACUUUGAACCGUCAUCUGUCAUCAUGUCGUGCCACCACCGAGCACAGCUUCGGCUCGAGAUGCCAGUUUUGCGGGCAGCAAUUUGAACAUAGUCACCAUGCCAGACGACAUGAAAAGAGCCAGUGUCUGUUCAAUCCUGAGCGCAUAUCAUUUACAUGCACUACAUGCCAGGGCGAGUUUACUCGAAAAGAUAAUUUAUUGACGCACAGAAAGACGUGCAAUGGUCUGGCCGCUAAGAGACGGCGCGUAGACAUGGUCUCUAGCCUGCAACAGCCCGGCCCCAGAACACGUCCGCAAUACGUGGCGAGUGUGCCCGACCAGGCACAGCGAGACUUGAAGGCGCAAGCGCCUGACCAAGCUCAGGUUGACUUGGGGGCAGGAGGUACCGGGUUGGUUGAGGUGGAGAGUGCGUUCCGCCGGAACAUUAAGCAUAUGUGGCGGAAAACAAUAAUGGUGCAACAAAGGAUAUUUGCACUUACAUGGCCCAUAUGAAGACUAACCUGAUAAAUCAGAUAUCACAUGAAGUUCAAGAAAACGGCCCAGUAAAAUUCAACAUCUGGCUCGAGUGUGACUAUGUCAAGCCAGCCCCCUUCGAUGAAGGCAUGGACAAAAGAGCGUUCAAGACCAAAAACAUUCCUAUUUACGAAGUGAGCGAUAUUGAAGAAGCCAUUGAUGAAAGUAUAUUGAAAAUAUGUAAAGAAGAGGAAGAUUAUGCCAGCAAGGGAUCUGGAUGGACCUUGUCUGCCAUGAAGCGACUCCAGCUCCGCUUCAACAAGUUAGUGCCUCUUCGAGUAUCUUCAUACAUUGAUCUGCCUGUCGCCAUCAAGAACCGCGAGGCUAUAAUAAACCCCAAGAACCUCAGUGACAACAUGUGUUUCAAGUGGGCAUACUGGCGCGGUACGUGGAGGGGGAGAAUCCCCAACGUGUGGACAAGAGGUACCACAAGCUUGAAAAUAAAUUUGAUUUUUGAGGGCUUGAGUUCCCCACCCCCCUCCGCCAAAUCAAGAUCUUCGAGAGGAGCAAUCCCGAUGUGUCCAUCAACGUCUACAACAUUGACGAGGACAACAAGAUCGCGCCAGUGCGUGUGGGGAAGUAUGAGAAACGACAUCAUUUCGACCUCCUGCUGCUGUCUAACGAAGAAAACAACUCGCACUUUUGUUAUAUAAAAAACUUUUCACGCCUUGUCAGACCCCAGAUCACAGCUCAUGACCACAAAAUACAUGUCUGCAAGAGGUGCUUCACUUAUUAUGAUGACCAGCUCCGUGAAUCAGGACUGUCAGGGCAGCAGUGUCUCGACGUGCACAGAAAAUUCUGCAACACCCACGCUCCUGUGCGCGUCGAGAUGCCUAAGCCAGAAAAGAACGGCCAGCCCCCAGUUAUGAAAUUUAAAAACUAUCAUCAUAUGACAAAAAUGCCCAUAGUAGUGUAUGUGGAUUUUGAAGCCCUGCUAGUACCCAUCCAGACAUGCCAGCCGCACCCCCAGAAAUCAGGCACUUAUGCAUAUCAAAAACAUGAGGCAUAUAGCUAUUGUAUACACGUUAAGACCGACAAUGACGUCAUCCCAGCAACGCUCACUUCCUCGCUGCCACAAGAACCUAUACUCUACAGGGGUCCCGAUGCUGAGAAGAAGUUCGUGGAGACGAUUGUUGUAAUCGGAAAUAAGGUAAAAGACAUUUACGAGACCAGCCUGCCCAUGUCGACGCUGACGGCACAAGAGUACGUCAGCUUCGUCGCAGCCCAACAGUGCUGCUAUUGUAAUAUGGUAUUUACGGCUGAUAAUUAUAAAGUCAAGGACCACGACCACUUCAGUGGAAAAUACCUCGGCGCCACCUGCAACAGCUGCAACCUUCUGCGCAGGCGGCCCAAGAAACUGGUGGUUUACUUUCACAAUCUUGCCUACGAUGAGAAGUUCAUAAUAAAACAGCGGGGCUUUGACAACAAGGAAAUAUUCAUCAUCCCCCACACGCAAGAGAAGAUGGUAACAUUUUCAAAGAAGCUGGGCGACAAGUUUUCAGUGCAGUUUGUCGAUAGUUUUAGAUUCAUGGCUCACAGUUUGGCGUCCCUUGCGUCGUACCUGCCAGCCGACCAAUUCAAAGAGACUUCAAAGUAUUUUACAUCGGAAGAAAUGUCCCUCGUCACGAGAAAAGAUGUUUUCCCCUACGAUUACGUAUCAAGCUGGGAAAAACUGGACGAGCCGCAACUGCCACCUAAAGUAGAAUUCUACAAUAAACUAAAUGACAGCAACAUAAGUGAAGAAGAUUAUCAUCAUGCAAAAGCGGUAUGGGACAAGUUCGGCUGCGUGACCCUGGGCGUCUACAGUGAUGUGUAUCUCAAGACCGACGUACUGCUGCUCGCAGAUGUUUUUGAGAGCUUUCGUCAGCUGUGUCUGACAACGUAUGGCCUUGACUGCAGCCACUACGUCAGCGCGCCAGGGUUCACGUUCGACGCAAUGUUAAAGGAGACGCAAGUACGGCUGGAACUGAUGACCGAUUAUGAUAUGUAUAUGUUCAUAGAGGCUGGGAUCAGGGGCGGGGUCGCUCAAGUGGUGAAGCGUCACUGUAAGGCAAACAACACCUGCCUUCCCCGCACCUACGAUCCCAGCCAGCCGUCAAAUCAUAUAAUGUAUGUUGACGCCAACAAUUUAUAUGGGUGGGCCAUGUCGUUGCCUCUUCCGACCAACGGCUUCAAGUAG